CCGUAAAACAUUGUCUGGCCGCUAGGAGCCAGAGCAAAGGGCAGAGGCAGGAACCCUCCCCCGCGGCUUUUUCCUCCUUGCAAAGUGUCCAGGGGCAGCACCUCGAGCCGAGUUCCCUGCUCUGGGGAUGAGGCGCCGGCAGGAGCAGCGGCGCACACCUAGGUAGCCGGCUGCGCCUGGCGCACGCAUGAUUUAGCCGGAGCAGCGGAGGAGGAGGCGGGCAGAGCGAGAGCUGGUGGGGCAGGGCAGGGGAGUCGCUCUCCGCUUCCCUGAGUGGGCGUGUGGGCGGCUGAGGAGGAGCAGCCACUGCUCCAUGGAGGCGAAAAGUGGAAGUGAGGCGAGCUAAGCAGCCCAGCCGGCCGAGUGCCUGAGCGGCUCUGGCUCACCAUGGAUUGCAGCCUCAUCCGCACGCUCAUCAACAGAUAUUGUGUUGGGGAAGAGAAUUGGGUGGACAAUCGGACUAUUUAUGUUGGGCAUCGUGAACCUCCUUCAGGCACUGAAGCAUACAUUCCACAAAGGUAUCCAGAUAACAGGAUAGUCUCAUCAAAGUACACAUUUUGGAACUUUGUACCGAAGAACUUGUUUGAGCAGUUCAGAAGGAUAGCUAACUUUUAUUUUCUCAUCAUUUUUCUUGUUCAGUUAAUUAUUGAUACACCAACCAGUCCAGUAACAAGUGGACUUCCGCUUUUCUUUGUCAUCACUGUAACAGCUAUCAAACAGGGUUAUGAAGAUUGGCUUCGACAUAAAGCAGACAAUGCAAUGAACCAAUGCCCUGUUCAUUUCAUUCAGCAUGGCAAACUGGUUAGAAAGCAAAGCCGAAAAUUAAGAGUUGGAGACAUUGUGAUGGUAAAAGAAGAUGAAACAUUCCCAUGUGACUUAAUAUUUCUGUCAAGCAGCAGAGGGGAUGGAACAUGUUUUGUUACAACAGCUAGUUUGGAUGGUGAAUCUAGUCAUAAAACUUACUAUGCUGUUCAAGAUACCAAGGCAUUUCAUAAUGAACAAGAUAUCGAUGCACUGCAUGCUACCAUUGAAUGUGAACAACCUCAGCCUGACCUUUAUAAAUUUGUUGGUCGAAUAAAUGUUUACCAUGAUAGGAAUGAACCUAUUGCAAGGCCAUUAGGAUCUGAAAAUCUGCUUCUUAGAGGAGCUACUUUAAAGAACACACAGAGAAUCUUCGGUGUUGCUAUAUACACUGGCAUGGAAACUAAGAUGGCAUUAAAUUACCAGUCAAAAUCACAGAAACGAUCUGCUGUUGAAAAAUCAAUGAAUGUAUUCCUUAUUGUAUACCUCUGUAUUCUAAUCAGUAAAGCACUAAUAAAUACUGCCCUGAAGUAUGUUUGGCAGAGUGAUCCAUUUCGUGAUGAACCGUGGUAUAAUCAGAAAACAGAGUCAGAAAGGAAAAGAAACCUGAUACUUAGAGCAUUUACAGACUUCCUUGCGUUCAUGGUUCUUUUCAACUACAUUAUUCCUGUAUCAAUGUAUGUCACAGUGGAAAUGCAGAAGUUUCUUGGUUCUUAUUUCCUCACUUGGGAUGAAGAAAUGUUUGAUGAGGACACAGGUGAAGGACCUCUGGUGAAUACUUCUGACCUCAAUGAGGAAUUAGGACAGGUUGAGUAUGUCUUCACAGAUAAAACGGGAACAUUAACUGAGAACAAUAUGGAAUUCAUAGAAUGCUGCAUUGAAGGGCAUGUUUAUAUACCUCAUGUCAUCUGUAAUGGGCAAAUCCUCCAUGAUUGUACAGGCAUUGAUAUGAUCGACUCUUCUCCAGGAGGAAGCGGGAAAGAGAGAGAGGAGCUAUUUUUUCGGGCUCUUUGUCUUUGUCACACUGUUCAAGCGAAAGAGGAUGACAAUAUAGAUGGAUUAAAGAAAGCCCAAUUGUCUGGAAGAUCUUGUGUGUAUAUAUCAUCAUCACCUGAUGAAGUUGCUUUAGUUGAAGGAAUACAGAGGCUUGGUUACACAUAUUUAAGGCUGAAGGACAACUUUAUGGAAAUUUUAAAUCCAAAAAAUGAUAUUGAGAGGUUUGAAUUGUUAGAGAUGUUGAGUUUUGAUUCUGUAAGGAGGCGAAUGAGUGUGAUUGUCCGAUCAGUGGCAGGUGAUAUUUUUCUGUUUUGUAAGGGAGCAGAUUCAUCUAUAUUUCCUAGAGUUACAGAAGGCAAAAUAGACCAAAUACGAUCAAGAGUUGAGCGCAAUGCAGUGGAGGGACUGAGAACAUUGUGUGUUGCAUAUAAAAAGUUCACACGCAAAGAGUAUGAUAGUGUGUGCAAGCUGCUUCAGAAUGCAAAGCUAGCCCUUCAUGAUCGGGAAAAGAAACUGGCAGAGGCAUAUGAGCAGAUAGAGAAAGAUCUUAUUUUGCUUGGUGCUACAGCUGUUGAGGACCAGCUGCAAGAAAAAGCUGCUGACACGAUUGAAGCACUCCAGAAAGCUGGCAUUAAAGUUUGGGUUCUGACUGGAGACAAAAUGGAGACUGCUGCUGCCACAUGCUAUGCCUGCAAACUCUUCAGAAGAAACACACAGCUACUGGAGCUAACCACAAAGAAAAUUGAGGAACAGAGUUUACAUGAUGUAUUGUUUGACCUAAGCAAAACUGUCCUAAAGCACAGUGGCAGCUUAACCAGGGACAACUUCUCCGGACUUUCAACUGAUAUGCAAGAUUAUGGUUUAAUUAUUGAUGGAGCAGCAUUAUCAUUAAUAAUGAAACCUAGAGAAGAUGGGAGCUCUGGUAACUAUAGAGAGCGCUUUCUUGAAAUUUGCAGGAACUGCAGUGCAGUGUUAUGUUGUCGAAUGGCACCUUUGCAAAAAGCACAGAUUGUAAAAUUGAUUAAAUUAUCAAAGGAACAUCCUAUCACAUUAGCAAUUGGUGAUGGAGCAAAUGAUGUCAGUAUGAUUCUAGAAGCACAUGUUGGUAUAGGAAUCACUGGAAAAGAAGGCCGUCAAGCUGCAAGAAAUAGUGACUAUGCAAUACCUAAAUUUAAACAUUUGAAAAAAAUGUUGCUUGUUCAUGGGCAUUUUUAUUAUGUUAGAAUAUCAGAGCUUGUGCAAUACUUCUUUUAUAAGAAUGUCUGCUUCAUUUUUCCUCAGUUUUUAUACCAGUUCUUCUGUGGGUUUUCACAACAGCCUUUAUAUGAUACUGCGUAUCUAACACUGUACAAUAUCAGCUUCACAUCUCUUCCUAUCCUCUUGUACAGUCUAAUGGAACAACAUGUCAGUACAGAGAUGCUCAAGAGAGAACCUUCACUGUACAGGGAUAUUACCAAGAAUGCUCUUCUGCGCUGGCGUGUAUUUAUUUAUUGGACAUUCUUGGGACUGUUUGAUGCUGUGGUAUUUUUUUUUGGUGCCUAUUUCUUGUUUGACAACACAACUGUGACCAGCAAUGGACAGAUGUUUGGAAACUGGACCUUUGGAACACUGGUGUUUACUGUGCUAGUAUUUACAGUUACAUUGAAGCUUGCACUAGAUACACACUACUGGACAUGGAUAAACCACUUUGUGAUCUGGGGAUCGCUGCUGUUCUACAUUAUCUUUUCCCUCCUCUGGGGAGGAAUUAUCUGGCCUUUUCUCAAUUAUCAGAGGAUGUACUAUGUUUUCAUGCAGAUGCUGUCUAGUGGUCCUGCAUGGCUGGGUAUCAUUUUGCUCAUAACUGUCAGCCUUCUUCCAGAUGUACUCAAAAAGGUUUUAUGCAGACAGUUGUGGCCCACAGCAACAGAAAGAACCCAGAUUAUGUCCAGGCACUGUUCGGACCACAUUUCAGAAUUCGCACCUCCUGCCUCUCUGAAGAACCCAAAAUAUAGGAGCAAUUCCCCAGCCAGGAGGUCUAAUUCUCAUUCUAAAAAAAGGAUGUUUACGCACUGGAGAGGCAAUGAUUAUUCAAUACUUCCAUCUAUCUUUGGCUAUUCAAAUAACCGUUGCAAUUCCAGUGCAAAAUACUGCUACAGUAGGUCAGGUUUGGAAACAUCCGUAUGACAGAUCACCAAUUCAAGCCUUUAAGAACUGCAUUUUUCUUUCUUUUUUGCAAAAACAGGAAACAUGUCACAGAACUGUACUAAAAUACACUUGGCUUUUCCUGUCUGAAAUAAUGUUCAGACAAAUAGGAUCAAGAGUUAUAAGUAUGAAUCUUUCCAGGCCUGUUGGCCCCUUUUUUAUGUUUUGAACUGCUGCAGCAAUGAACAAUCCGCACAGUCUGGUACUGUGAGACUGAUAACACUAUGAAUUCUCUUCAUGCUGUGUCAAGACAUUUGUGCGUUUGUUGCUUCUGUUGUCAUUAGUCAUUUUCUGUAUUAGUUGAAGUGUAUAGUUUUAGUCAAUGACCUACAUUUUGAGAUCAACAGUUUCAAUUUUCAGCCAGAAGCAAUGACCUCAGAUAACUCCAGUGAAAGUCACUUGAAGAAUAUUUAACAAGUGCUGCUUCUGAUUUUCCUCUGUACUUUUUUCUUUCUUUGCUCUUUCUGUAGAACAAACUGGUGUUUCCUCUGUGCAAAUCUGCUUUCAAGAAACACUCUCUACUAUUCACUUUCUUGUAAGUGGCCAAAUCAGGGCUAGUAUGGUUUUAAGGUAGUUUCCCCUGUAGAAAGGUAGACAAAAUACAUUUUGCUUAGACUAGAUACACACCAUAUGGAGUCAAGCUGGCUGUCAAAUACAUAAAACCAUCAUUAUUGAUAUUUACUCAGUUACUGAAUUUAAGAAUUUAGCCUAAAAUAUCUGAAUUUAAGAAUAAAUUAAGCCAGUGUUCCUAUCACCUAGCUACCUCUCUGGAAAAGUGUAUGUGCAUGAUUUCUAAAGUAUACAUAUUAGAAAGUAUUGGUGGGUUAAGCUUUUUCCUGUCAAUGAUAGGAAAUAGUUGUUCAUAACCAAUCUUUUAUGCUACUCAAAUAGGAUUUUUUUAAUAUCUCCAUUUUUGGUCCUUGAUUCUUAUUUUAACUUAAUGGCUAAUGGAUCCACUAUAUGUAUCUCAUUAUGAAGAAGCCAGUAUACGUUUGUUAGUCUUUUGAGACAUAACCACUAGAUGGCAUGUAUCUAUUACUAUCAGGCUGGCUCCAGCAUUUCUGUAGCCCCAAGCAAAAAAAAAAAAAAAAAAAGCCGCGAUCGGCGGCAGCAGUUCAGCGGUAGGUCCUUCGCUCCUAGAGGGAGUGAGAGACCUGCUGCCCCCGAAUUGCUGCAGGUGCCGCCCCUCUCCCUUGGCCACCCCAAGCACCUGUUUGUUAAGCUGGUGCCUGGAGCCAGCCCUGAUUACUGUGGAUUAAAACAUAUUUCUGGUAGAAAUAAGUCUGACUACAAGAUGUAUGAAUUAUUUAAAGCAUUACAGCCAGCUUGUGCUUCCAAUUUCUCUGCAGCAUUAAUUUUACCUUGCACUGGUUUUACUUAGAUAUGUACUUGCUUGGUUUUUGUCCAGUGUUUUAUUUGGGGUGUAAAAAUGCUUCAAGAUUUAAUCUAAUACUGAUCAAUUUUAAUGUACCCAUAGUUAAUAACAGAUUAACAAGCAUUUCCAUGAAUGCUUCUGGCAGGCCAUUAGUUAAAAGUUUAUUUCUAAAUGGAAACUAAGUUUUUGGGAUGAGAGCUGCUGCCUUUAUUAGAAAACUUGACCAAGGCAUUGUUUGCAGACUUUUUAAUGCUGUAGGUAAGGGGGGAAAAGGGAGGAUUUCAUUUUGUGUAAAAUAACUUAGAAAUGCAUGUUUUUUAAAAUAAAAGUAAAAUCAAUUCACUAGGAAACGUUUCACACAAACAUUUCCAGUGAACUCUUCAUAAGAACCAGUGACCUACUGUUAAGAAACACUGGGGAAAACAGCUAGAAUUUUUAAAAAGUGAAUUGUGAAAACUUCAUUAUACCAAAGAUUAGGGAGAAGAAGAGAAAAGUCUGACAACCUCAUUCAUUGCCCUAAAGAAAGAUAUUAGGGCAUCUUUACCAUUUAAUAUGUAGCAGUUUUCAGUUUCAAACAAUGCCAUUAUAUUGGUCACAUACUGUAAUAUUAAUAAAUAUAAAUAUAUUUAUAUUUACCAUUGCAUACUUGAAUGUCGGUCAGUUAGAACUGUCCCCUACAUAAAACACUGGUGUAUAUAUUUUUUAAAUAAUCUUAUAUGGGUAUAAGUUUUAUACCAGUAGUAGUGACAAAUUUCCUGUGUGCAGUUAACAAAUUAUUUGUAAUGUAUUUUUUAGAAAUCUUAAAAUUGCCUUUGCACUGAAAUAUUUUUCAUACUAUAGCUAUUUAUAGGUCUGUUUUAUGCAUACAUCUGUUAACACACCAUUUUUAUUAUUUUUAAAUAUCUGUUUUGAAGGCUCUUUUAAUAUUUUUGAGUUUUGGCCACUUAAAUUUUAGCUGACAGAGGAAUUGUGGUUGAAUGUUAAAAUUCUAAAGAAUGUUUAAAUUAGAAAUUUAGGUCUCUUGCUCUAUCAGUCUCACCCAAACUACUGAUGUUUUGGUGCUGUUUAUUAUAGUAGUGAUUAGUGUGAUACAUUUUCUGCUUAUAUACUAUUUACUCUCACUUUUUUUAUUCUGUAAAGCCUCCUUUUUGAUUUCUUCUCAUUUCCAUCCUUCAGCCUUAAAUAAGAAGACUCUUGCUUGAUCUUGAAAAUGCUUCAUUCCUGCGCUGCCUACUAACAAAACAGUUUACUGCAACCUUCUUACAGAAAUCAUUGACAGAGAUUUUAUACAGGCUGAAACACUUUGUGUUUGGGGCGUUGUUUAAAGGACAAAAUAGUUCUUUUUAAAUAUGUCAUUUUCAGGAGAGAGAGAGAGAGAUGUUUUGCAUUUACUAAGUCAAAGCAGAAAUAUCUAUUUAAAACUUUUAAUUAAAUAACUGUACUAUAUUUAUCUGCAAAAAUAUGCCAUCUAAAUGAAAAAGGCAUAUGUUCUCAAAAUUAAUUGACACUUGAUACAUCUUUGUUUCAGUCCCUUGUUACUAUUGCCAACCUAGUCCAGUGCAGCAGAUGUUAAACUCAAGAGUUUCAUUGUAAAUGGAUCAGAUAGGACACACAUGUAAAUGUAAGUUAUAUCUAAAUAACAUUAGAAGGAGUAUUAUUAAUGGGACAUGGUCAUUUUAUGGACUUUUGUUUGAUGAAAGAAAUUUCAGGAAGAAGAUAAGAACAAUCUAUAUAACUUCUUCACUUGCCUUGUUUAAAUUGUUGCAGCUUUAACAACAAAAUAUCUCCAUAACUGCUUUUAUAAAUGUAUUGGCAUUGGUAGGCACCAACCAAAUGUUUGUGAAGACUUAGAAAGUAUUUCAGGCUUCUUAGCUACUGAAGUUCAUGUAUUCCUGCAGUGAGUAGUAGCAAAAUACUAGAAUCAUUUUCAUUGUAUGGUACACAAUAAUUAAUAUUGUUUGUUCAACCGCUUAAUAUAAAAGCUUACAGUUUACUUUCUUGCUUGCAUUAGCCUGUUUGUCUUGAUCCCACUGGCUUGCAAGUAUAAAAGGAAACAAGUUUAAUUGAGGAACUGCACUAUUUUGGAAAGCCAGUGGGGUCAUUGUGAUCAUGCUAUUGUCUGUUAACAAAGCUUUAAUGGAAAUUUGUCAAAGUAUUAUGAAAAUGUAAGUAUACAAGAUUCUACUUUGCAGAAUAAUCUAAAAAUCAGUUUAUGUAGCUUUAAUUUUUUACCAUAUGAAAAUAUACAGACUUUAAAAUGUGGUGUUUCUGACUUGUUAUAUGUAUGCAUAUACAUACUGUCACUUAAAAUGUCCUCAUUAUAUAAUGUAAAGUAGAAGCUGCAAAAGUGCUAUUGGGAAUGGGGGGAGUUGUUAUCAGUGCAUUAAACAUUAAAGAUGUCUGUAGUUAUCUGCACCAAAUACUGACAUUUAUUUUUAAUUGUACAAUGAUAGGUGCAUUUAUCUGAAAAUAAAUCAGCCUUCAAAUCUAACGUUUAGAUUAUCCUAUAACACUUCAUUCACCUGACCUAAACAGUCAAAUAAUCAUACAUUACUGUAAAGUUUAUUUUCAAUGCUAUUUUUAACUUUCAUUUCUAUAGAUACCCACACAUAACUUGUUUAUGUAUACUCAUUCAUAUUUUGGACAUUUCCAUAGACUAUAUAAGCAGGAGAUACGAAUCUGUUUGCAAUAAAAUAAAAAUUAAAGACUGGUUUAGCUUGUUGAUAAGCAAUUAAAAUCAUUUAAGGGUCAAUAUGAAAUGAUUUCUUAUUAACCUGUAAUAAACUGUAAGUAGAUAAUAGAAUAAUAAAGUAGUGUUUGAAUCUGUUACUGA